GGGCCACCUUCACGCUGCUGCCCAGCUGCCCAGGAGCCCGGGAGCCCAGCCAGGAGUGCGCACAGGCCAGACCCCUAUCCCAGGCACCAACACACUGACAGGCAUCGGCUAUCCUGACACCUCUCUAAGGACUUCUGUACAGUUAACCUGGGCAUCAGGGCUGGCCCCUCAAGUGGAGGCAGAGUUUGCCCUGUCUCCAAAGACUUAGGACACCUGCGGUGGCCCCACCAUGCUGCUGGCCUCCACCACCUCCGCUGUGCCUGGGCCCCUCUCUCCACUUAGCCCGCCAAGCAACGGCAGCCGGGAGGAGUCAUUGGACACCAGGGACCCAUUGCUAGCCCGGGCAGAACUGGCCCUACUUUCCACAGUCUUUGUGGCUGUGGCCUUGAGCAAUGGCUUGGUACUGGGGGCCCUAGUACGACGUGGCCGGCGCGGCCGCUGGGCACCCAUGCACGUCUUCAUUGGCCACUUGUGCCUAGCAGACCUGGCUGUGGCUCUAUUUCAAGUGCUGCCCCAGCUGGCUUGGGAUGCCACCGACCGCUUCCGUGGGCCUGAUGCCCUGUGUCGGGCCGUCAAGUACCUGCAGAUGGUGGGCAUGUAUGCUUCCUCCUACAUGAUCCUGGCCAUGACGCUAGACCGCCACCGCGCCAUCUGCCGCCCCAUGCUGGCAUACCGCCAUGGAGGUGGGGCUCGCUGGAACCGGCCAGUGCUGGUGGCCUGGGCCUUCUCGCUUCUUCUCAGCCUGCCUCAGCUAUUCAUCUUUGCCCAGCGUGAUGUGGGAGAUGGCAGCGGGGUCUUCGACUGCUGGGCCCGCUUUGCAGAGCCCUGGGGCCUUCGUGCCUAUGUCACCUGGAUUGCCCUGAUGGUGUUUGUGGCACCUGCCCUGGGUAUUGCUGCCUGCCAGGUUCUCAUCUUCCGGGAGAUUCAUGCCAGUCUGGUGCCAGGGCCAUCAGAAAGGGCUGGGGGGCGCCACAGAAGGCACCGGACAGGCAGUCCCAGAGAGGGAGCCCGGGUGUCAGCAGCCAUGGCCAAGACUGUGAGGAUGACACUGGUGAUUGUGAUCGUCUACGUGCUAUGCUGGGCACCCUUCUUCCUUGUGCAGCUGUGGGCAGCAUGGGACCCAGAGGCACCUCUGGAAGGGCCCCCCUUCGUGCUGCUCAUGUUGCUGGCCAGCCUCAACAGCUGUACCAACCCCUGGAUCUAUGCUUCCUUCAGCAGCAGCGUCUCCUCAGAGCUGCGCAGCUUGCUCUGCUGUGCUCGGGUGCAGGCCCCACCCAGCCUGGGGCCCCAAGACGAGUCCUGUGCCACUGCCAGCUCCUCCCUGGCCAAGGAUACUUUCUCCUGAGGAGCCAGUGGGCACUUUCCUUCCAAAAGCUCCACGAAGCUCAGCUGCCUCUGGGGCUGGCUCCUCUAGGACUCAGUGUAUACAAAGAGGCUUUCAGGCUCCAAGACUGUGAGAGUCCCUUACGUUAGCUCCUUGUUCCAGGCAUGGGGAGAGACUAGAUAGGGCAGAGGAUCCCAUGCCUGGGGGUGGCAGGUGACCUGUGCCCUGGAAAGUGCCCUCCAGGUAACACAGAGGUCCCAAGGAGCCAAAGAGGAAGGAGCAG